CUUAUCUUCUCUCCACCAACGAGAUAUAUUUUUCUGUCUUUUCCUUCUCUUCGUAGAAGAAGUAUCUACCUAAUAAUACCACCUCUCCUCUCAAUCUUUUUUUAUAGAUAAUCAUCAUGGUUGGCUCUACUGGCUCAACAAAGGUGGAUGCAGUCGUCCAACAGGUCGCUGCUAACACCCCGGAGAAGCUCGGCGGCUUCGCACUUUACUCCAGAUUUGCUUUGGCAGGUGCUGUCUGUUGUUCAGUUACCCACGGUGGUCUUACUCCCGUUGAUGUGUACGUAUUGGAAUCAUCAUCAAGUUUUGCGCAAUGCAACAAAUUGGAUAACAAGUGGGAGACAUGAAAUGAUGACAUACUAACAUGAAUUUUUCUUUGUAGCGUCAAGACCAGAAUUCAACUCGACCCCGUCACAUAUAACAGAGGACUUAUUGGAGGAUUCAGACAAGUUAUUGCAAAUGAGGGUGCUGCUGCUCUUUUGACUGGUGCUGGACCAACUUUUGCCGGUUAUUUCCUCCAAGGCGCAUUCAAAUUCGGUGGUUAUGAAUUGUUCAAGCAACAGGCUAUUAACCUAAUCGGUUAUGAAAAUGCCGUUAACAACAAGACCGCUGUCUACUUGGCUUCAUCUGCUACCGCAGAAUUCUUCGCUGAUAUCGCUCUUUGCCCUCUUGAGGCUACCCGUAUUCGUUUAGUUUCUGACCCAACGUAUGCCAAUGGUCUCGUUGGUGGUUUCUCCAAGAUGUUGAAGAACGAGGGUGUUGGUGCUUUCUACGCUGGUUUCGGCCCAAUCUUGUUCAAGCAGUAAGUAUUAGUGUCUUUGGAUACAUCAUUACCAUGCUAAUAUUCAAAAAGAGUUCCAUAUACCAUGGCCAAGUUCGUCGUUUUCGAGAAGGUUGUUGAGGCUAUCUACGCCAGAGUCGACAAAUCUAAGGCUUCCGAUGGAAUGCAAACCACCAUCAACUUGGGAUCCGGUCUCAUUGCUGGUAUGGCUGCUGCCGUUGUUUCACAACCAGCUGAUACCAUGUUGUCAAAGAUCAACAAGACCAAGGGUCUUCCAGGAGAGGGAACUACUUCCCGAUUGAUUAAGAUUGCUAGAGAGCUUGGUUUCAGAGGUUCAUACACUGGUAUUGGUGCUCGUCUUGCUAUGGUUGGUGCUAUUACUGCUGGUAAGUAGUUCUGACGUUUCCUGUUCUCCAAUUCAUUUACUGAUAUCUUGUACAGGUCAAUUCGCUAUCUACGGUGACAUCAAGAAGGCAUUGGGUGCCACUGGUGGUGUUGACUUGGCUGUUAAAUAAGCGAUUGUAUAAAAGCAAUUGUGGAAAGGGUACGGAAUCGUGGACAUUGUUUAGCGAACCCGGGGUUAUAUGCAUGCAUUUGAUUGUUCCAGCAAACCUUUCUUCCUCGUCUUCAAAAAAUUACUCCGGUCUGUCUUUUUUUAAGAGAAGAAUAGACUAGAUGACGGACUGGAACUUUAGAAGAAGAUAUGGAAGGGAAGGAAAUACAUUUCAUGGCGUCGGUCUGUAUAAUAGAGACUUACUCUACGAUAGAAUAGAUGGCAAUUGGAUGUGGUUUAUGUUGAUUAGUUCUACGAUUUGAUGUUGAGAGUCGGGGUGAAAGUGAGGAGAAAGAGGGGCAGGAGUCGGUAGUGUUGGUGAUGUUUUAAUG